AACCCUCAAAGCAAUUUUUAUGUAGUAUUCUUAACUGUUAAGUGGAUCGACUUAUCAUAUUUUUUUAAUUAAAAAGAUUUUUUACACUAACAUGUCUUCACUCGGAUUUGGGAUUGCGCAUUGCCGGCGCCGGACCACAUUUCACCACCGCAAACAGCCCCAAAUUUCCCCGCGCCGUUCUGCUAUUGUGCGCCCUAAGCGCACGGAUCAAGUUAGCCUUGGGUGGGGAAGGAAGCAGACAAUCGAAGCGAUGAGAGCCGUGGUCCAGCGCGUAGCCUCCGCGAGCGUUGAGGUUGAAGGCCGGACGGUGUCGGAGAUCGGGCCGGGCCUUCUUGUUCUCGUCGGGCUUCACGAGACCGAUGUGGAUUCCGACACCGAGUACAUAUGCCGCAAGGUGUUGAACAUGAGAUUGUUUCCCAAUGACAAGACUGGAAAAACUUGGGACCAAAUGAGUCAGUUCACGUUAUUUGGGAUUUUGAAAGGAAACAAACCAGAUUUUCAUGUUGCAAUGCCUCCGGAUGUGGCGAAACCAUUUUAUGCUUCUGUGGUCGAAAAAUUUCAGAAAGCUUACACAGUAGAUGCAGUUAAAGAUGGUGUGUUUGGAGCAAUGAUGAAAGUGAGACUACGCAACUUUGUGCUUUUUAGUUAUUCUUUUCGCUUGUAUGCUUCAUUAGUCAACUUGGUUAACGAUGGUCCAGUGACAAUGCAGCUUGACUCCAGGCAAUCGUCAAAGAAUUCAAAUGGUGAAGCAGAAGGAUCAUAACCAAACACGAUCACCUUAAGCGACAUUUAACAGCUGGAAGUUCACUUGAUUUAAUAAACAGUAGGAAUGAAGAAUCAUAUUAAUUGGGAAUGCGUGCAUCGAAUCUUGGAUUGAUUGAUUAAUUUCAAAGCCUGGCUGAUUAAACGGCCGAAAAUGAACCUGGACAUUAUUCUUAUACUUAUGUAUUUGUAUAAUUUGUUCAUGCUGUUUAUGUUAUUACUGGCCAUAGUACAGCAAAUUACUAAAAGAGCAUGACUGUUUCAUUACAUGAACACUUCUAGAUCUCAAAUGUUUGAGUCAUAUGCUUAGAGUUAGAAGUUCACAUACUAAAAGUGUAUUUCUAUCCGAUGUUCAAACUCUGAAUUUAGUAAUUACGUGGUAUGUGCUACGCUUUCGUUAUUGUUAUUAAAAAAAAGAUGUGUUGUACGUACAGCUUCCAAAAAGGUGUAUUCAUGCAAUCUUUGGUUAAUAAAUAAAA